CACAUCAUCGCGAAAAUAGUCAAAACGGAUUCAGGGGACCUCAAAACGUAAAAAUCCGUCGAAAACUCGAGGUCGAAAAAAAUCAUGAUUCCUAUACUUUCCUUAUAUCUGUAUACAGAUAGGAAAGUAAAAAUAUAUGUAUUGGUCGACUGAAAAAUUCAGUUUUGACGGUUUUCUAUAAACAUCUCAUAUUAGAAACAUUAAUCCAUUGAAAUAUCUCAAAACUAAUAAAAUAAUAUAAAUCAAAAGCAUUUCUAUUGACAUUUAUUUGAUACGCUACUGGAUAAUAAAAGUAAACAAACCCCGCUCUUCCCCUCCUAAUAACUGGCUUGUAUAUGUUGCUUUCAAACAAACGCAAUGUAAAUUUUUGACAUUCAGUUAUCUAUUAUUAUUUAUUUAUCUGAGAUGACACAUCGAUGUUUUACAUCGAUGAUUUCAUUCCGAUGUAUCGAUGUUUUCAAAACAUCGUUGCAUCGUUGCCAUCCCUAGUAGUUUGUUGUUAUUUGAGGUUAAAAAUGACUCCAAAAUCCACUACAAUUUUUCUACAAAAAUUAAGAAGUUCUAUGCAAAAUACGAAGUAUGUGAAAGAACCAAUUAGUGCCUACAUUGUACCAUCGAGUGAUGCUCACAAUAGCGAAUAUUUGGCCGAAUGUGAUGAAUUUAGAGCCUUCAUAUCUGGGUUUACUGGCUCUGCAGGUACAGCUAUUAUAACUCAAAAUGAAGCCCUUCUCUACACAGAUGGAAGAUAUUUUUUACAAGCUAGUCAGCAAUUAGAUUCAAAUUGGACUCUUGCAAAAGAGGGGCUACCUACUACACUCUCACAAGGAGAUUGGCUUUCAAAAUACCUGGCGAAAGGUUCUAGAAUAGGAGUAGACCCGAAAGUAUAUUCCUAUGAUAAAUUCAAACUGUUACACACUAAAUUGGAAGCAACUGGUCAUCAAUUAGUACCAGUUGCCACUAAUCUCAUAGACCUCUUAUGGACUGACAGACCAGCUAGACCCACGAAUCCAGUAAAACCAUUAGCUGUCAAAUACACUGGAACAACUAUAGGACAAAAGUUGAAAUCAGUAAACGAUUCGAUGAAGGAAAAAAACGCAGAAUAUUUGGUGUUAACAGCUCUAGAUGAAAUAGCGUAUUUUUUGAAUCUUAGAGGUUCUGAUAUUGAAUUCAAUCCAGUAUUUUUUUCGUAUGUUAUAAUUGGCGAUAAUUGUUUUACUUUGUUUAUAAACAGUAAACAGGUUGGCAAGGAGGUUUUGGACCAUUUGAACGAACAAGUCGCUGGGAAUUUUAAAAUAGAGCCUUAUGAAAAUAUUGAGAAGAAAUUGGAAGAAUUAGCUAAACAAGUUGAUGGGUACAUAUGGUUCUCGGAACAUUCCAGUUACACUCUUGUAGACUUGGUCCCAAAGAAGAACCGAAUUACUACAGACAUCACCCCCAUUUGUCUAAUGAAGGCUAUAAAAAAUCCAGUUGAAAUACAAGGCAUGCGUAACUGUCACAUUCGCGACGCCGCCGCCCUAUGUUGCUACUUUUCAUGGCUAGAACAGAACGUGGACAGGGAAAAGAUAACUGAAGUGUCUGGUGCCCAGAAGUUGUUAGAAUUUAGGAAACUACAAUCCGAUUUCGUAGGACCUAGUUUCGAUACUAUCAGCUCAGUUGGGCCUCACGGAGCUAUAAUCCAUUACCAACCCAGCGAUAGUACGGAUGUUCGAAUCACCAGCGAUCAAUUGUACCUUUGCGACUCCGGUGGUCAGUAUUUGGACGGCACCACUGACGUUACAAGGACUUUGCAUUUUGGGAAUCCCACGCUAUUCGAAAAAGAUUGCUAUACCAGGGUUUUGAAAGGACAGCUUAAGCUAGCAUCUAGGAUUUUUCCAUCGAAGAUUAGAGGUAACUAUUUGGACUCCUUUGCUCGCGAAUUCCUCUGGCAAGUUGGUCUAGACUUCGCGCACGGAACAGGUCAUGGUAUUGGUUCCUACCUCAACGUUCAUGAAGGACCUAUGGGCAUCUCCUGGAGACCCAUCGAUACUGAUCCUGGCCUCCAACCGGGCAUGUUCAUCUCCAACGAACCCGGCUACUAUCAAGAUGGCGAAUUCGGUCUAAGAAUUGAAGAUAUUGUGCUAGUAAUCGAGGCCAAACCACCUCAUAACCACGCCAAUCGUGGAUAUCUGACAUUCGAAACUGUUUGCUUGGUGCCAAAAAUAAAUAAGUUGAUUCUGGUGGAUAUGUUGACUGACGAAGAACUUGAACAGUUGAAUAGCUAUCAUAGGCAGUGCGUGGAAGUUGUUGGACCUCUUUUGGAACAGCAAGGUCAAAUGCAGGCUAGGGAAUGGUUGAUCAGAGAGACGAGGCCUUUGACUAGAUAAAUAAGAUGUUAUAUGUUCGUCCUUUUGUGAUAAAUUUGAGAGUUAUUUUGUUUUUGAAGUAAAUGCAUUUAAUUUUGUA